AUGGACUAUACAUCGGAUGGAGACUCAGAGCUUGAAGCUUAUGGUUCUGACACUUAUGCACUUCUGCUAUCAGGAGAUAUAAAAGUGAUGCAUGAUGGGAGUUCAUACAAGUGCCCCUUUUGUUCGGUUGGAAAUGGUGACUAUAACAUACAUGAAUUACUGCAGCAUGCCUUGAGUGUGGGGGCUGCCCAUGACCAGGAAGCAAAACAGAAGGUAGACCAUCGAGCCCUUGCCAAGCAUUUGAAGGAUGAACCAGCUAAAUCACAUAGUCCACUGCUGAGGCCAAUCAUUAUGGAUCCACAGCCUCCUCAACAUAAAAGGGAUGAGCUGUUUGUCUGGCCCUGGAUGGGUAUCAUAGUCAAUAUGCCUUCUGAAUAUGUUGGAAAAAGUGCAAACCGGCUGAAGGAGCAUUUCUCCUGUUUUCAUCCAGUUAAAGCACAUCAUGUGUACAGUAAAGGUUUUCCUACAGGUAAUGCUAUUGUUGAGUUUGGCAAGGACUUUGGUGGGUUUAGGAAUGCACGAAUAUUUGAGAAUCAGUUUGAGAAGAAUGGGUAUGGGAAAAUGGGCUGGCAGGAAAAAGAGCGCAGAGGGUCAGAGCCUUUUGGAUGGAUCGCUAGGGCAGAUGAUUACAAUGCUCCAGGGGCAAUAGGGGACUUUCUAAGGAAAAAUGGCGAUCUGAAGACGGUUGACGGCGUUGAGAAUGAAGAAAAAAAUAAAAAUGAGAAACUUGUGGCCAGUUUAUCUUCUAAGGUUAUUGAAAAGAAUAUGCAUUUAGAAGCACUUGAAUGUGAGUAUCAGGAGAGAACUGUGUCAUUGCAAAGGAUGAUGGAACAGAGGGAACAUCAGCUCCAGUCAUACAGCCAAGAACUCCAAAAGAUGCGACAGUGCUCUGUCGAACAUACACAAAAGAUUGUUGACGAGAACAAGAAGCUGCGCUUUGAUCUUCAGUCUAUGACGCAUGAGCUUGAUGCAAGGUCCAAAGAACUUGAUGAGUUGGCUGCACAGACUGAUUGCGAUAGAAGGAAGCUUGAACUGGAGAAGCAAAGGAAAUUACCCAGACGUUUGCUCUUGGCUUCCGAGGUGCAUCCAAUCAUGGGCGAGGGGGGAGGCAGGAAUGCGACAAAGUCCAAUCAUCUUAUGCUGGCAGAAAUGGAGUAUCAGAAAGCUAAUGAGAAUGUUCGCAAGCUUCUCGAACAACAACAGAAAGAGAAAGAAACUGCUUUAAACAAUGCUAAGAAGUUGGAGGAACAGUUUCAUGUGAAGCACAAUCUUCAACUAGAAAUAAAGCACCUGACAGGAAAAUUGCAAGUGAUAAAGCUCACACCAGGCAAUGAAACUUCAGAAACAGGGAAAAGAAUAGCUGAACUGACAGAGGAGCUGCAAGAUAAGAUCGAUGAGAUGGAAUAUACAGAAAACUACAACCAAGGUCUGAUCUUGCAAGAAAAAAAGGCUGCUGUUGAGUUGCAAGAAGCUCGGAAAUUUGUGUUAGAUGCUCUACAGGACUUGGGUGGUCAGACCAGUGACAAAGCACACGUAGGCAUCAGGAUGAUGGGUGAGCUUGACUCAAAGGCAUUUUUAAAUGUGUGCAGGAAAUAUUUUCCAAACGAUGAUGCGGAAGUUGAAAGUGUUAAGAUUUGUUCAAAGUGGCAGAACGAAAUUAAAAAUCCAGAAUGGCGUCCUUUUAAUGGAAAAGAAUCGGAAGUGAUCAAUGAGGAUGACAUGAAGCUCAAGGAGCUGAAAGAGGUGUACGGCGAGGAAGCAUAUGCUGCGGUGGUGACGGCGCUGAUGGAGCUGAAUGGCAGCGGCAGCGGGAGCAGGGUUCCUUUCCCGGAGCUAUGGAACCAGAGGGAGGGGAGGAAAGCAAAAUCCAAGGAAGCGGUCCAGCAUGCCAUCAAGCUGUUCAAGGCGAGCAAGAGACGGCGUUGA